CGCUAACGUUAAAUUGUAGAACGCGUGGUGACUGGCUAGCUAUGCAAAAAUCUGUUAAUCGCCGUCUGUCGCAUUAUUUUCGGGAUGUGCUUUAUUACCGAGCCCUGCCUUGUGGUAUUGAUUCGUAAAUGAGUGAUUAUUAUGAAAAAGUGAAGGUUCAACUCGAACAAAUGAAAUCUUCCGGCGAGGGUGCAGAGAAGGAGGAGGCAUCUACUGAGCCGGAUGAGGCGCUGGUUUCAUCCCCGCCUGCAUCUGUCUCCCCAUUCCAGACUGUCCAUUCCAGUUGUCCCACCGCAGCUCGACAGAAUGGUUCUAAAACCGCUGUCACUGGCAGGAAUAGGAGUAAAAGUAGGAGCAAACUGGGUAAAGAUGAGAGGAACUCAAGCUAUAAGCAGGAGUCAGAAUACGCACUGCACGAGACAUUAGUAGCAGCAAAUGCCAAUGUGGGAAAACCCCAUAAUCGGAUAGACAAUGAGCGGCAGAUGCUUCAAAUCCAAGGGACUGGGAAGAUCCUGCAGGGGAAGACUGAAACGAACGGUAACACUGUCAUACCCAACCAACGGCCAAAAGAAACCAAAGGAUUUUCACACAACAAAGAGGAUGGAAACAAAGUUGUGAAGCGGAGGAAGCCCGUGACGGUGGAUACAUCAAAAGCCAAAACCUCUAUGGAAGCACUGAAGCUCAGCAUCAGGCAGCUAAAAUGGAAAGAGUUCCCUGUGGGUAGACGCUCGGCCUGUGACAUCUACUGGCAUGGGGUGUCCUUCCACGACAACGACAACAUAGUGUCUGGGCAGGUCAACAAGUUCCCAGGAAUGAUUGAGAUGCUCCGGAAGAUUAACCUGAGCCGAGCGGUGAGGACCAUGCAGGAGCUCUUCCCUGAGGAGUACAACUUCUACCCCCGUUCAUGGAUCCUCCCAGAGGAGUACCAGCUGUUCUCCACACAGAUCCGUCUGGCCAAGGACAGUGACGCGUCCCUGAAGCCCACCUUCAUCGUUAAGCCCGACGGAGGCUCUCAGGGAGAUGGCAUCUAUCUCAUCCGCGACCCCAGCGACCUCAGGGUCAUCGCUGGGUCGCAGACCAAGCAGUCAGUGGUCCAGGAGUACAUCCACAAGCCCCUUCUCAUCGACAAGCUGAAGUUCGACAUCCGUCUCUACGUGCUGGUCAAGUCCCUUGAGCCGCUGGAGAUCUAUAUCGCUAAAGAGGGCCUGUCACGGUUCUGCACCGAGCCAUACCAGGAGCCCAGUCAGAAGAACCUGAGCCAUGUGUUCAUGCACCUCACCAACUACUCCCUCAACAUCCAGAGUGGGAACUUUGUUCACUCGAACAGUCUGUCGUCAGGCAGCAAGCGCACCUUCUCCAGCGUGCUCUACCGCCUGGCCUCUAAAGGAGUGGACAUCAAGAAGGUGUGGUCGGAUAUCAUCUCUCUGGUCAUCAAGACGGUCAUCGCCCUGGUCCCUGAGCUCAAGGUCUACUACCAGGCCGACAUACCACCUGGGAAACCAGGACCCAGCUGUUUCCAGAUAUUAGGCUUUGACAUCCUCCUGAUGAAGAAUCUGAAGCCAGUAUUACUGGAGGUCAACGCUAACCCCAGUAUGAGAAUAGAACACGAACAAGAAGUGUCUCCUGGGGUGUUUGAGUACGUCCCCAGCCCAGUAGAUGAGGAGGUGAAGGUGGGAGUCAUUAGAGACACACUCCGUCUCAUGGACCCUGCUCAGAGGAAACCACCAGUAAAUCGAGACUCAUCAGACCAGGCAACAGUCUUCCAGUCUUCAACUGUCCAAUUUUGGUCUAACCCUGAGCAGCAGCAGGAGGAGAUGUCGGUGGAAGUGGGAUCCCCAGAGCAGGGGCCUGGGGAGGGGGGUGUUCUGCCCUCCCUGUGUCUGAAGCAGGUGUUCCCUAAGUACACGAAGCAGUUCAGCUACCUUCGGACAGUGGAGCGGAUCACUGCCCUGUUCCUGCGCUUCCUAGGGGUCAAGGGUAACAUGCGGCUGGGGCCGACAGGAUUCAGAACCUUCAUCAGGAACUGUAAGCUGAGCAACAGUAACUUGUCCAUGGCGUCUGUGGACAUCCUGUACAUCGACAUCACCCGGCGCUGGUCCGGCAUGCUGCCUGAAUCCAGAGAAUCAGGUAUGGGGCUCCAGGCGUUUGUGGAGGCCUUCUUCUACCUGGCCCAGCGCAGGUUCAAGUCCCUCUCCCUGAGGGAGCAGGUGGUUUCCCUUCUGGAGGUGUGUGAGGCGCAGCUGGAGAACCAGGUAGGAGGGGGUCCUGGGGGACCUCUGGCGGAGGACAGCACCUCCUCCGCCAGGCGCUCCGUCAGCUGUAGCAGAACCCAGCCAGGCAGGACUCCACAUCCCCACUAUGCCUCCACCACCAGCCAGGCACUGUUAGCCCCCCAGCUCUACUCCCCAGCCGUCCAACGCAGGGCCUCGUCGCAGGACUACAGGCUACAUCAGAGACUACGGCCCCCUCAGACACACAAGGCCAGUGUGGACAACUGACCAGACUCAGGACUGAAAAGCAACACACACACAGAAAGACUGACUAGCUCCCUCUGAAUUGAAGAUCUGUAGAGGGCAAAGUGGCAUAUUGCACGGAGCUGAUCUCUAACCUCUGUCAUGCUUGCUCCUGGUCUGAUUACUUCUCUGUGUGCAGAGGAUGCGUGGGAUGAGGCCAGGAGAGGUUGAGGACAUGGGAGAACAGGGGAUGGACAUGGAGAGAGUGAAGGUGUGAAAGAUGGAGGAAUGAGGUGUGGGUGGGUGGUUGGGUGGGUGCAUGUGUUUAUGCGUGUGUGUAUGUGAUUGUCCAGUUGCUGCAGGGUAAAGAAAGACACACUACUCUGGAGAUAAGAAUCCAGAGACACAUCUCAGUCAGGGCUUUACAACUCUGUGCACCAGAAUGGCCUGCCUUGAGACACAGACACACACACACUGACACCCUGACACAGACACACACACACACACAAAAAGACACACCACGCGCACUAAUGUAAUGAUCACACGCUCAAGCUCUCUCUUCAGGGAAAUGUAUACACACUGCAGUUUUACAAUCCCAUACUGUAUGUUGCUUUAAUGUAUCUGAGUAUUUGCACGAUAGCUUUACAACAUAUAUAAUUUGCAAAGAUGUGAGUGUGUGUGUGUGUUUGUGUAUAUGAGUGUGUGUGUUUGUGUGUUUGUGUACGUGAGUGUGUUUGUGUGUGAGUGUGUUUGUGUGUUCAUGUAUUUUAACGGCCAUAUAAUGGCCAGUGGUUCUGCCAUUGGGCUGUUGAAGAUGACAUAUCUCAUCAUUGUACCUAAGGGAAAAGGCCAUCUCCCCUGGCAGUGUUGACCAAUCACAUCAAUCCCGACCCCUACCGAUUCUCUGUAGGAGGUCUGAGAUUGGAUAGAAGACUAUGGACAGAGAAAAUCCACCUAGAUUAUCAGAAGGCAAAGUAACAGUAAAGGAAAAUAAUUACCAAAAAAACUACUUUGCUGUAUAUACAGUCCCAAAGCAUUUUGGAUGUCAGCCAGAGUUGUAGUCAUUCCUGGAGAUUUGAAUUGCUUUUUUUGCCUAUUUAAUUAUUGUUUUUGGUCUGGCCACACCACACAGGAUGCAUAAUUUCAAUUAAAUAAAUUCUCCUACAUUAUUUGUACUACACAUCAACCAGAAACAUUUCAUUUUUAAAAUGAAUUCCCCUAGAACACAUAAAGUCCCUUAAUGUUUUUUAAAGUCAGAAAAUAUAUAUCAGAAUGCAUUAGAUCAAACACUGAGGUAUGAAAGAGAGAAAUGUCAUGUCAAAGAAAAGUACUGUUUGACAUCAUUUAGAUUUUUAAUUAAAAAGUAAUAGGAUGUGUAUUCUUUGCAUAAAUAAAUUGUGUAUCCUUUUGAUAAAAUAUUUGUCUCAAAUGAACGAAAUGUUCAUGUUUCAUUUCUCAGCUGAAUUGAUUUGCAUUAUACUUCAUUAAAUUAAAAUACAAUCGAAAUUCAGCUUCCUGUAGGGUUGGGGCUAAUUCAUAUUCAUAUUAAAUCCUUGUUUUAACUUAAUAAAAAAAAGCAAUUUUGACUAAAACCCUGAAAAAAUUUAAAAACCUAAUACAGCUGAAAUUAUGUAUUACACCAUGCAAAAUAUUUUGGGACAGUAACAGUUAACUAAUAAAACAAAUGUGCUAAUAGCUAAUUCUUUCUUUCAGAUCUUUACGUACCUAGGGUUUAGGUUGUAGGGGCUUGGCUUGGAUUUGUUUUAGGACUAAGAAUUGUCUCUCCUUUCAUAACAGCAGCUACAAAAACAUAGAAGCCUUAGACAAACAGUGGGAAAGAGAAAAGGUUACUCAAAAGGGUAUCCACCAUCUUUACCAUCUUUCAAUUUAAAGAACACUAAAUAAGUUGAGGAUACCCUUCUAAUGUUUAAAGAAUAUAUAUGUUCACCCUGGUAAGCUUCAUGUAGAUGUUUAGGCCCUUAUAAUACUAAAUAAUAGUCUUCAUUGUUCACACAAACAUUGGCAAAUCAAAUCCAGGAACUUUUCAAGGACUUAAACUAUUGAAAUAUUUUCAAUCUUAUAUAUUUUUGUUGGCCUAAUAUCUCCCCUGUGGCAUGCCCCAUAACAUUAACAUUUAAGUCAUUUGACAGGCACUUCUGUCCAGACAAAUGUGAUGCGAUAUUUGGGUGUUAAAAUGUCCAUGUUCCAUUUUUACUCCUGCACAUUUACUGGAUUGGUUGGACAGUAGAGAACAUUCUCCAAGACAGUGACUGGGGGACACGCCUCUGCUAUGUUAGGUUAUCCUAAUAUAGAAAAAAAAAAUUGCCCAAAAUAGUUUGCAAAGAAAGUGUCAAAAAGUGUGCAUUAU